AUGGAACAACAUCCACUAUAUAUGGAUAAACGACGAGCAAGACUUAUAAAUAUUACUAAUAAAACAAAACAUGAUGAUUUCUAUACGAAAUUAGAACGUAUUCGUUCAUCUGCAGCUGCUUCUUCUUCAAAACACUAUCCACGACGUACAGCAAGAGAAUUACUUGAUGAAUCAAAAAGAUAUUUUGUUAAAAGUCAACAUGUUUUGUAUAAUCAGCAGACACUUUCAAAUAAUCAUCGAAUAACAUCAACGUGUCGUAUUUUACAACCACGUCGUUCGCCUUAUCAAGAAUAUCAAUAUGAACAAAAUAAAUUACGAUUAGAUCUUUCAUCUCCAUCUAUAACAAGACAUAAUACUGAUUGUGCAUUUGAAAGUGUUAGUAUAUUAUCUCUUUCUGAUCAAACAACAUUAGAUAGUAUGAAUAGUCCAACACAUGUAAUCAGAAAUCUUGUUCCAACACCAGUAACUAUUAUUGAACGUAAUGCAAGAAUUAUUAAAUGGCUUUUUCAAUUACAUAAAACUAAUGAUUCACCUUCUUUUCAAUGUAUUUUAUAA